CUGCUCGUCUGCUCGUCUGCUCUGUCUCCUCUUCUUCUUCUUCUUCUUCUUCUUCUCUCAUCUCAUCUCUCUCGGACAAACUGUUCGUCCGUGGAGUUGUCGUAGGGUUUACCACUUUCCGUAGGGCUUCACUUCCCUCGUCUCUGUCGGACUUAAUAUAUGAGUCAUCCACUCUCCCACUCUUACAGACACCUGACUCACUAAACACCACCCACCCCCACCCCAACCCUCUCCCUCACCGCCUCACCCCGGUGGCCAAACAAGCAGACCUCCAUCGAAACUUUUAACCUCCUUCACGAUCCGGCACCAGACCUCUCCCGAAGACCUACAAACCCACCAGCACCCUCACUCGCAUAGACUCCCGCAAUGCAGCGCUUCUCGUCUCCUGCGGCGGCCUCCAUCCUCGCCCGCCCUUGCUCCAUCCUCUCCCGCACACUCCCGCUCGCAUCUCCCGCCUUCCAACACCCUCUCCGUCUCUUCUCAUCCUCUCUCUCUCCUCGCUCCACCGCCACUCCAUCAGCUCCAUCACCAUCUUCUAAAUCUUCAUCCACACCAAACACCGGCACACUCACCUGGAAUGAGUUCCUCAAAUACAGAACCUACCGCCGCGGCUUCCAAAUCGGCUCAAUGGUCGUCUCCGGCGUCGUCGGUCUCGGUGUAGGCUGGGGUUUCUUCGCAACCGUCCCAAUCGAUCCUACCCAGAUGAUCUUUGGCUUCGAUCCUCUGAUGGUCCUCGGAGCUGGUCUCUUUGCUUUUACUGGUCUUUCUGCUCUGUGUGGUCCUUUGCUCGGUAAUCUUGUCUUUAAGUACAUCGUCUUAGGAUCCAAGCGGAUACCAUUCACUGAGAAAGAAGACCUCUUCCUCCAGCACGUCAUCAGAAACCGCGUCGAUCCCUCCUACCAGUCCUUCGCCAACCCCGUCCCCGACUACUACGGCGAGAAAAUCACCUCCCUCCACGGCUACCGACGGUGGUUGCGUAACUGUGCUGCAUACAGAAAGAAGCGCGAUGAGUUUUUGAAAGUGAAUUAGUCGUAGUCUUGUUGAUAUACUUGUUCCAUUUAUAUUUGUACAAAUUCGAAUACUAUAAUCAUCCACUCCAAGUUCUACUAUACUUCUAAUUGUUUGGAUUUGAAAUACUACAUAAUUCCUACUAAUCCAAUAUAUACUCAUAUUUAGUUCAUAUAUAUAAUACAUCAACAGUAUACAUCGUUCAACUACAAUCCAUGCCAUUGUCGUUCAUCAUCUAUCUUCCUCUCUCUGUUUGUGAGUCUCGAAAAAUAAACUUCUACACCAAAAAUUUCAUAUCUCCCAAACGACAAAUUAUUUUCUAAACCUCCUCGACCUCAGCUCUCCUUCU